AUGCUCCGCACGGACGGCGGUAAGCGAGCCACCGCUGAGGCGGAGGCAUUUGAACGAGACCUCAACCAGGUGCUUCGUCAGGCCAGUGAGCAGUACGCUACCGAUAUUUUAAGAGAAGCGGUAACACCUGCGCUCAGGUGUCGUCAGCUGGACAUUGCGCACGCAGCUGUCGAGGAGCACUCCAGAGCGGAGGCACUCGAGCAGACACUGCGCACAGCGCUCACGGCGGUACAGCGCGUGCUUUCGCCCUGGGCCCAGGGCGUUCUGCAACGGAGGCAGGGUCCAGGAGGUGACGGUGUCUCGGAGGCGGCUCUAGAGCCAGUGUCGGCUUCUGGUACCUCACGAUCGCGUAGUUUCGGUUGGCACUGGCCCUGGCGCCAAAAACAGAAGUAUGCUCAGGUCGUUCGCCAACCGUCAGCAGUCGCGCCGGCAAAGUGCCCCCCCGCUGACACUCGAGCAAUCUGUGACGCGCUAGCAGCGCUUGCCCUGCUGGACGUUUGCGUUAUGAACACGAACAUAGCUGUGAAUCGGGUGCUCAUCCGAUACAACUUGCCGCUCAUCCAGCAGAUCGCGCUUCUGCCGCUCUGCGUCGAUGAUCCGCAGCAACCGCCGGCACCAAAAGGGGUAACGAGUCCAUCGGCUGUCCCAGUAGAGUGCCAGGUCUUGGUCGUUCGAGCUCGCCAGUGCCUGAUCCAUUGGGCGCAGGUCAUGACGCCCCUGGUUGCAGAGAUUCCCGAGUUCCAGCAGGCCGCUGCUGCAGUCCAGCGCGACGGCCUCUCUCUCUCCGCACGAUACCGGAGGGUUCGUCGCCCAGCGUCAACGUCCGGGAGCGGAGCUGGGCCCCGGCCGACAGCCGGCACUGCCGAACGACGACCAGUGCCUGGGACAACGGUGCCGGCGUCAGCGAACGUUGGGGCACCAGCGGCCUCAGUGCGACGAUUUUAUCGAGCACCAAUGAUUUUACCGCAAGCGUGGAUGUGGGCAUGGACUGCGUCCAUGCACGCUGGCGUUUUCUGUCAGUACGGGAGCGGUCCGACCUGGUAUCCGACACCGAGUCCGGUGCAGGCUCCGCCAAACCGUCGAGACCAGAUGCUGAACCGCUUGCGGGCUGCGUUCCAGGAGACGCGUGAAACGAUUGACCUCUUCCAGGCAAUGUGCGAUAGCUUUCGAGAUGCACCAGUGGGUACUUCGCCCAACUCGGAGACGCUGGAGAACGCACGCAGUCGCUUUGAACGAGUCCAAAUGAUGCGCGACGGGCUCGCUAGCCUUGUACCGCGCAUCGUGGAGCCUCCGCUACGACAGGAGGCAUCACGGCUGCUUUGUGAUGCAGAGCGAGCUCUCACAGAGUUUCGAACGCUCUGCGAAACGAAUGCAUUUUUCAGAGCAGCAUUAUCCCCGGAUGGCCACGUUGCACAGCGUGCGCCUGCUCCCAUCGUACCGCCAGAAGAUGGUGACGGAUGCACCUCCGCUCCGAUGCAAGCGGAACCAGAACAUGAGUUGCUACCGCUCCACGAGAAUCUUAGUUGGGCGGCAUUGUCGCCAACGGCCCCGGCUGCCGAGGACCUGAUCGAUGUGGAGACUGCACACACCCGCAUGGAGAGCACGAAUGAAGUGCAUCGUGGCGUCUCUGUGAACGAGCACCUGAUCGAUUCCUCUGACGAUGAAGCCCAAGAUACGGUACAGCAUCCGGUUCUACAGCCACGAAGAGCGUCGCGACGAAGUGAGCAGGAGCGCGCGCCUUCCCCACCGUUGACAUCGUCGUAG